AUGGAAAAGAAUGACGUUAACAAAUCAUCUAAAUUGAUGAAGAUAAAAAGGAGUUUGUCAAUGAGUUUAUAUUUUAUUGGUAUUUCCACCUUAUCAUUUUUUAUCUGUACUACAAAAAGAAGAAAAGAGUGGGCAGACAUAAUGCUUGACUAUGUUCAUCACAAAAGGUGUUCUUUUUUAUCCAAUUCGUGGGAAACGUUUUUGAAGAGAUUUAAGUCAUAA